CUCCAUUACCGGUAGUCAACACACCCAAAAUGAGGGUCAAAACGAUGGUCAUUUGAAAGUGCCUGAACAGCAUUCAAAUUAUACGCCGGCAAACCCGGUUGUAGUUGAUAAUGUUGUCUCUUUACAAACACUGCUUGCACAUUUGAAUCACAUAAUUCGAUUUACAAACAUCCACCACAAAGACCAAAAUUUAUUCUUACAAUACUUGGCUCGAGCGGAAUAUAGGUAUAUUAUAUGGUUGAACUUAUUGGAUCAACAUCGUCCACCGCCCGAUUCGAUUCCAAUGCCUCCAUUAGAUGUUGCAUUAUUUUGGUGCGCGCACAUCACAAAUGUUCUCGCCUACAAAGAGGAUCUGAUAAGAUUAUAUGGGGAGCAUAUGUUGGCCUACAAUUUUCCCCUACUACACCUGGACGCGAUAAACUCGGAGGGUGACGAUUAUGUUGACGCAGAUUCCAUCAGAACAUGGCAGUCAUUCUCGAAUGAACCAUAUAAUCUGAAAUUUGAUGAUGACCGACCUUUCUUGCUGAAUUGCCCAUUUUGCAUGAAAGAGAAUAGGAUCGAUGCAG